AUGGUGUCGCUGACCACUUUGCUCGGUCGUGUACCUGUGCAAAAGGAAAAGCGUUCGAGGAAAUCGAAGCGCGCAACGGAGAUUUUUGUCUCUCCUGACGGCUCCGACAGCAAUGCCGGGACAAUCGACGCGCCGCUCGCGUCAAUUCAGGCAGCCGUUGAUCAAGCAUCCGCAGGCGAUACCAUCUACUUGCGCGAGGGCACGUACACGCCUACAGAGAACAUCCAGGUCAAGAAGAGCGGCACCUCGAGCGCUCCGUACACCAUCUCCAAUUACGAGGGGGAGAGCGUGCUGAUUGAUGGCGAGGAGCUUCCAUACACUCCGGGCGAGCUUGACUCAAGCAUACCAAGUUCUGACCGUGGCGUAUUCCAUGUCGAGGCCGACUACUGGGUCUUCAGCGGUCUUGAGAUCGCCCAUGGCCCGUACGCCAUCUACGCGGACAACUCCAACAAUAAUAUUUAUCGGAACUUGGUCACAAGAGACAACUACGAGACCGGUCUGCAGAUUCAGGGCGAGUCGAGCAACAAUCUCGUGGAGAACUUGGACAGCUACGGCAAUCAUGAUCCCCGCAAGAAUGGUGAGAGCGCCGACGGCCUUGGUGUCAAGGAAGGUUCGGGUGAAGGGAACGUCAUUCGCGGCACGCGCUUGUGGAACAACGUCGACGACGGCUUGGACUUCUGGUACUUCAAGUCCCCCGUCACCAUCGAAAACACAUACUCCUGGGGCAACGGCUUUAACCGCUGGAACUUCGAGGACUUCGAGGGCGACGGCAACGGAUUCAAGCUUGGCGGCGGCGACGCCAGCGACAAGGGCCCCGCCGCGCACGUCAUCACCAACUGCAUCGCGUUCUCCAACGCGGCGGGCGGCUUCGUGGACAACAGCCAGCCGGGGGAUAUGACGCUCACCCGCAACACGGCGUGGAACAACACGCGCGCGGGAGUGCAAUUCGACGAGCCGGGGUAUACGGUGACGCUCACGGGCAACAUUGCGGUGUCUAAUGGCGACGAUACGACGCUGGGGAGCGAGGUCAAGUCGUCAUCAAAUUCUUGGGACUCGGGCUCCUGGAGCGACGAGUCCUUUGUAAGCUUGGAUCCAUCCACCCUGACGGGUGCGAGGCUGGCAAACGGCAGUGUGGCAGCGUCAAGCUUCCUGCUUCCCGCCAAUGGCGCUGCGAUCGGUGCCUACUACGUCUGAGUAGCAUGUAUGUACUACCAAGCUACGACACAGACCUUGCUCAAAUCUACCCGAUGUUACUUGUGCUUUCUCCUGUGAACAUGAACCGUGACAUAACGCAAGUAACCGUGACCGUGCCACGAGGCCCUGUUAACGGACCUCGGCGCAAAUGAACCUCAGGUCGAGCCCCAGCGAAGGGCACGAUCUGGUCAGUAUGCCCUUGCAAUAAUCUAUACUACAGUAAGUAGACGUGCAAUGCU